AUGUCAACAACCUCCUCCCCCGCUCCCUCUGCCCUCCCCAAACCAACAGUCCGCAAACUCUCCAACGCAACAGCCUCAGCAAUCUCAGCAGGUGAAUCCGCCUUCCACGCCCUCGCCUCACAAGUCGGCGGACACCCAGGCGUACUAGCUUCAGAAGAUAACGCGUUGAUCGUUAAACAGUCGUUGCAUAAGGAAAGGACUUUCUAUGAGUUGUUGGCGCAGGAGAGUAUGGAGUUGGUGUAUUUGCAGAAGUUUGUGCCGAAGUUUUAUGGGACUUUGAGGUUGGAAGGGCAGGUUGCGAGUGUUCCUGCUGCGGCACAGCAGAGUGCUGGAGGAGUAGCGGUGGACGAUGGUACUGGGAUCGUGCCCGUACCUGAAUCCAUAGUGUUACAAAACGUCGCAUCUGAAUUCACAAAACCAAACAUCAUGGACAUCAAAUUAGGGACAGUCUUAUACGAGGAAGGCGCAACGGAAGAGAAGAAACAACGUAUGCUCGAGACAGCACGGAAUACGACGUCUUUUGAGACUGGUAUCCGGCUUACUGGAUUUCAGGUCUUCGAUUAUACGAAGAACGAGUCUAUCAUAACACCAAAAUCGUACGGCAAGUCGAUCAAGACAUCCGACUUACCAGAGGGUGUCCGACGAUUCUUCCCCGUCUCGUCUUUACCAGCGGACAGCAACAAACCCGAAGGCCUGGGUCUCCCACUAAACUUACUCCUACCCAUUUUACGAGGCAUUUUAUAUGAUAUACGGGAGUUGCGAGAUGGCUUGGCGAAGACAGAAUUGCGCAUGGUCGGAGGGAGCUUGUUGAUCGUGUACGAAGCAGAUUGGGAGGUUGAUCGGUCAUUGCUGGAUGUUCAGGCGCAGGAAAGACAGGGUAUGAGCGAGGCAGAACUGGCGAAUUCUGCGGGAUUUGGCGCGGAGGGGAAGAAAGAUGAGGAAGAUGACGGAUACGACAGUGAUAGUGACGAUUCGGAGGAGGAAGAGAGGUCGCCCUAUGUGGUGAAGCUAAUCGAUUUCGCGCAUACACAUCUAACUCCGGGAGAGGGACCAGACGAAGGAGUGCUGAAGGGGAUGGACACGACGAUUAGUCUAUUUGAAGGGCGAAUCAAGGAACUGGAAACUGGAGCGUAA